UUUAUUUUCUUUGCUCUCUGUUGCCCGGAAAUGGUUCCAAGAAGAUGAAGAGAUUUCUCCUACAAAUCUCAACCAACACUUACACUUGCCAAUGGACUAGACACUUGACUAUUAAGCUUACCCAUUCAAUCUCAGUACCCACUUACAACCCUGCAACUCAAACGACAGAACUACUCCAAACCAAUCUCAUGAAUUUGCUCAAAAAUCACACCCACACAAACCAAGUCCUCACCCAAAUCAUCAUCAACAACUGCAUACCCAUUAACCAGUUCUCUUUCAUGAAACUCAUAGACAGCUCUGUAUCCUCAAUUGGGUUCUCUCCCUCUGCCCAUCUCUUUACACAGUUCCAAGAUUUUAUAGACUAUGAUAUAUGUACUCGGCUCAUAAGAAGUUACACACAGUCGAAUAAGCAUUUACAUGCAGUUUUUGUGUAUACCCACAUGGGUAAAGCCGGUAUUUUGCCCGAUUUUUCAACUUUUCCGGCUGUUCUCAAGUCGGUUGCUCAGUUGUGCCGUCGAGACAUUGGGGGAUCAGUACAUUGUCGUGUAGUUAAAAUGGGUUUUGGUUCAGAUGUAUAUACAAACACUGCUCUUGUUCAUAUGUACUGCAAUUGUUUGCUUCCCGACAAGGGUCGUUGCGUGUUUGAUGAAAUGCCUGAGAGAAAUGCAGUUUCGUGGAAUGCACUUAUAACUGGUUACACCCAUAACAGGAAAUUCAGAGAAGCGAUCCAGGUGUUCCGAGAUAUGCAGGCUGCUGGGGCUCAACCGAGUGAGGUCACCAUGGUUGGAGUUCUAUCAGCUUGUGCCCAUUUGGGAGCACUAGAUCAGGGGAAAUGGAUUCAUGACUAUAUUGUUUGUAAUAGACUGCAAUUGAAUGUGUUUGUGGGUACUGCUCUUAUCGACAUGUAUGAUAAAUGUGGGGUUGUUGAUGAGGCAGAAAAGGUUUUCGGUGCAAUGAGAGAGAAGAAUGUUUAUACUUGGAAUGUUUUAAUUUCUGGGUAUGCCAUGAAUGGACAAGGUGAAGCUGCUUUGCAAGGUUUUGAUAAGAUGAUCCUAGAGAAUAUUAGGCCUGAUGAAGUUACCUUUUUGGGUAUUCUGUGUGCUUGUAGUCACCAAGGCUUCGUUGACGUAGGUAGGAGGCAUUUCAUAAGCAUGAAAGAAGAGUACAAUUUGAAGCCACGAAUUGAGCACUAUGGAUGUAUGGUGGAUCUUCUUGGUCAAGCAGGAUUCUUAGAUGAAGCUCAGGAGCUAAUCCAUACAAUGAACAUGAAACCAGAUCCCAUCAUCUGGAGGGCAUUGUUGGGUGCUUGUCAAAUCCAUGGACAUACCCAAUUGGGGGAGUUUGCAAUCAAAAACCUUAUUGAACUAGAGCCGAACAAUGGGGAGAACUACGUCUUGCUAUCAAAUUUAUAUGCUAGAGACCAUAAGUGGAGUCAAGUAGGAGAAGUGAGGGAAAUGAUGAAUUAUAGAGGCAUUAGAAAGGUCCCUGGUUGCAGUUCAAUUGAAAUCGAAAAUGUGGUAUACGAGUUUGUGGUAUCAACUCUCAUGGAAAAGGAAUACGAGGAGCUCUAUAAGAUGUUGGUUGAUAUGAAAAAGGAAUUGAAAGUGGCUGGUUAUGCUACAUAUACUGACAUGGUUUCUUAUGACAUCGAGGAAGAAGAGAAGGAAAAUACUUUGAUGUAUCACAGUGAGAAGCUUGCGCUUGCAUUUGGGCUUCUAAAAUCAUCACCUGAUAUGACCCUGAGGAUAGUGAAGAAUCUGAGGAUUUGCCAGGACUGCCAUCAAUUUUUCAAGCUUGUUUCAUUGUUGUAUAGAAGGGACAUUGCCGUUAGGGAUAGAAACCGGUUCCACCAUUUCAGUGGCGGAACUUGUUCUUGCAAAGAUUAUUGGUGAUAACAAUACAUUGACUUUGUUCCAAGGUUUUUUUCAGAAGUGCUUGCUCUUGCUGCUAGUAUUCAAAAUCGAUGAAG